UAUAUCAGCGCCGGUAAAGACAACCAAAAUGAAGGAUUACAGACAGAUUUUCCGAUAUAUUUUCGUUGUGGCCGCCAUUCUACUAGUUAUUGGUUUGGAGGUGACGCUAGCUCGUGGGCGUGGUGGUGGUCGUGGAGGUAGUAGAGGCCGCAGUACAUCCGUGGCGACAGUGAAGCGCGUAGCAGCAGUAGUGCGCGUAGCAGCAGUGGUACACGUAGCAGUAGUGGUACGGGUAGCAGCAGUGGUACACGUUUCAGCGGUGGUGGCAGUAGUGGUGUGCUUAGCAGCAGUGGUGGCAGCAGUAGUGCGCGUAGAAGUAGUGGUACGCGUUUUGGUGGGCGAGGCGUUAGUGGGGCACCUGGCGGCAGUACAACAGCGCUUACCACAGGCAACUUUGGAAAUCGCAGACAUUUCACAAGGAGGCGCUACUUAAACAACAAGGAUGCCCAAAUUUGUGAGAAUAAUAACUUGUACUUAACUGAAGAUGAGGCAUUUGUCGGAAAGUUCAUCUGUCCGAUGAGUCACCAGCCUGACAACUAUGUUUAUUGCUGUGGAGAAUCAGGGAAUCAAAGAUGCUGUGCCUUUGACCAUGAUUUCAGUUCCGGUAGAAUUGCGGGGAUUGCAAUCGGAACAUGUCUCUCAUUCAUAAUUAUCAAUGUAAUAAUAUUCUGCUGCUGCAAAUAUCAUGCAAAGGAGUUAGAAAUGAAGUCCAAAGACUCCAUCAAAUCAUCCAAUCCUCGUAACUCGACCUACUCUAAUGGUACAGACUCUGGUGGCUCUGGCCCUGAUGGUACAGACUCUGUUGGCUCUGGCCCUGAUGGUGCCGACUCUGAUGGCCAUUUUACACUUGAUCCUGAGUUGCAACCCCCAUCUUAUAACGAGAUAGACGGCAUGCCUUACUCGCCCAACCCGACAGCAUCCAAUGAGCUCCAAAUGCAAUCUGACUAUCCUCGUAACUCGACCUACUCUAAUGGUACAGACUCUGGUGGCUCUGGCCCUGAUGGUACAGACUCUGUUGGCUCUGGCCCUGAUGGUCCAGACUCUGAUGGCCAAUUUACACUUGAUCCUGAGUCUCAACCCCCAUCUUAUAACGAGAUAGACGGCAUGCCUUACUCGCCCAACCCGACAGCAUCUAAUGAGCUCCAAAUGCAAUCUGACUAUCCUCGUAACUCGACCUACUCUAAUGGUACACACUCUGCUGGCUCUGGCCCUGAUGGUCCAGUCUCUGCUGGCUCUGGCCCUGAUGGUCCAGACUCUGAUGGCCAUUUUACACUUGAUCCUGAGUCUCAACCCCCAUCUUAUAACGAGAUAGACGGCAUGCCUUACUCGCCCAACCCGACAGCAUCCAAUGAGCUCCAAAUGCAAUCUGACUAUCCUCGUAACUCGACCUACUCUAAUGAUGCAGACUCUGCUGGCUCUGGCCCUGAUGGUACAGACUCUGGUGGCUCUGGCCCUAAUGGCCCAGACUCUGGUGGCUCUGGCCCUGAUGGUCCAGACUCUGAUGCCUAUUUUUCACAUGAUCCUGAGUUUCUAUCCCCGUCUUAUGACGGGCUAGACGGCAUGCCUUACUCGCCCAACCCGACAGGUACUCACACUCGUUACUGACAUGACCACGGAGAAGGGGUCACUUAGGAACUGGAAAUGCGUUGGCCCUACAUCCCGAGAACAAAAGAUGGGCGACAUUGUUUUCAAAACGCUUUUUUGACACCCCAUCCCCCUUUCAUAAUAGCGUUUCCUUUUCGGUCUCUUGUUUUAAGCCUUUCUAGUUUGGUCUCCUAUUAUAUUUACCCCCCUUUAUUUAUGUUCCCUAUUACAUUUGUCUCUCCUGUUUUGUCCCUUAUUACAUUUACCCUCCCGAGUUAUGUUCCUUAUUACAUUUGUCUGUGUUUAGUUUUGUUCCCUAUUACAUUUGUCUGUCUUUAGGUUUGUUUUGUACAUUUGUCUCUUUCCAGUUUUGUUCCUAUUACAUUUACCCCUUUCCAGUUAUGUUCCCUAUUGCAUUUGUUUCUCUCUAGUUUUGUUCCCUAUUACAUUUACCCCUCUCCAGUUAUGUUCCUUAUUACAUUUGUCUCUAUCUGGUUUUUUCCCUAUGACAUUUGUCUCUCUCUAGUUUUGCUUCCUGUUACAUUUGUCUCUCUCUAGUUUUAUUCCUAUUACAUUUGUCCCUGACCAUUUUUCGUGCCUAUAUACCUUACUUUUGUUUCUCGUUGUAUUAACGAAGCUUCGUUACU